GGACGCCCUGCGAUUGACUACUGCAUCGUUCUGAAGGAUUUUUAUGUAUUUCACGGAAGUCCCUCGCUGAAUGUACGUGAUUUGCAGAGAUGACAACGUCAUAAAAGAUGUAUCGUGUUUUUGAAGCAUUAGUUCGUAAUUCACGAGCUGUGGAUCGAGUUCCACUUUGCUAUCGAUGGUUGGUGAGGCACCGUUGUUCUUCCAAAAUCCAAAAUGACUCAAAAGCUGCAAGUUCGGAAAACGAACCAAAGAGGUUUAACCCUCUAGAAAUUCAGAUGCUGUCUACAGAAUUACACAGUCAAGUAUUUUACGGUAAAUCAGAGGCUUACGAUUCCGAAACGGUCAAAACAUGUCAACAACAUCUAGGGGUGCACAAUUUGUGGAGCAAGACCGGAUCAGUUCUGCCUGAUGUCGAUUUCCAGCUUCCACCUCUACAAGGUUCAAAUAUUGAUGAGCACUUUAGAACGAUCGCAGAAGAGCAGAGCAGACCAUAUUUUGAGAAAGCUCAGAUGUUAGCGGAAACGACGCUGUCAGCCAUACCAGAUGAAUGGAACUUUUCUCCGGGAUGGACUAAGUAUGUGUAUGGUGACGAAGGAUUGGUCACCUCCCCAGUGGAUGUGCCGGAAGAUGAUGCCUUGAUCUUUGAUGUCGAGGUGUGCAUGAAAGAAGGACCAUUUCCUGUGAUUGCAGUGGCUGUAUCUCCCAAGGCGUGGUACUGCUGGGUCAGUCCAAGCCUUGUGGAAGACAAGAAUUACAACAUGUUUCUGAGACCAUCUCCUAAACUGUAUAUUCCAUUGGAACUGCCCAAAGAUCAGGAGUGGAGUUCAACCAAGUGGAAAGAAAGGCUUGUUGUGGGUCAUUCUGUGGGAUUCGACAGAUCUUUUGUAAAAGAACAAUAUUAUAUCAAGGGACCCAAAACAUACUUCUUGGACACCUUAAGUUUACACAUGUGUAUCUCUGGCUUGACAAGUCUUCAACGCAGCCUUUGGGAAUCAGCUAAGGCAGGACGCAUUGGAAAAGUGCCUUGGAUGCUGAUUGGCUCAGGAAACAAACUUAUAGACCUUCAUAACCUGUAUUGUGGUGGGGAUGAAUUAGACAAGUCAUUGGUGAAAAUCUUUAUCGAUGGAACACUAGAUGAUGUGAGGGCAAACUUUCAGGAUCUAGUCACAUACUGUGCACAGGAUACUACAGCAACUCAAGAGGUAUUUGCUGCUCUGUGGCCAAAGUUCUUGGAUAGAUUCCCACACCCAGUAUCUUUUGCUGGGAUGCUAGAGAUGGGAUCAGCUUAUCUUCCCGUUGAUCGUUCUUGGGAAAACUACAUCCGAGAUGCUGAUGACACUUAUGAAGAUCUGGAGAAGGAAAUGAAGUGUUCUUUGAUGAAACUAGCUGAUGAAACAUGUAACUACCUUCAUGGCAAAAGGUAUGAACAGGACCCCUGGCUGUGGGAGCUGGAUUGGUCUGUCCAAGACAUAAGAACAAAAAAACCUAAACCUCCAAAGAAGACAAAGAAAACUGAAAGUUGUAACAAGGGUAUAAAUGAAGAUUUGCCAUCAACCCUAUUUGGUUCAACUGGCAAAGAUGUCACUUCAGAGGUUCUUGAAGAUGAGAUGAUUGAUGACAAUAAUAUUGAGGUGGUAGAGGGUUUGAAAAACUCGUCUGACAUCUUGGCAAGAAUCCCACCAGCAGCAGAUGUUAUGUGGAAAAGACGGCAGAAGUUACCAGGUUAUCCUAAUUGGUACAGAUCUCUUUGCAUGGGACCAUCAGACAAAGGUGAGUGGAGGGAGGGGCCUGUGUCCAUCAGCCCACAAUGUCAAGUAGCACCCACCCUCUUGCGUAUGACAUGGGAUGGCUUUCCUCUGCUCUACAAUCGCAAACAUGGCUGGGGAUAUCUUGUACCUGGAAGGACUGACAAUCUGACCUCCAGCCCUAUGACAUUGCCAAGCAACGAGGAGGACUCAGUGGAUACACAGAAACCAGAAUUAGUAUUCCCAACUAGGGCAUUUGACAAUCUCUGGAAGAAACACAGCAUGAACGCAACUCCCAAAGAAGCCAAUGAGUCAGAUUCAAAGUUUGAUGAUGAUGAACUGAAUGUGUACAGUAUCAGUGAAGAUCAGCUCUGGGAUAGAUCAGAACUGGAAGAAAUGAGAGCACCAAAAACUUUGACAACCAAGAAAUCAGCUUCCAAUACAGGGGACCUCAACGAGACCAUAGACGGUGGUUUAGAGACAGCCCAAGCAAAAAAGGUACUUCGAGCUAGGAGCACAACAGCAUCAGCAGGAGCAGGAGCAGGAACAGGAGCAGAUAGCAGACCAGAUUUCUAUCAUGGCGUGGGACCUUACAAUGAUGUCAAUCUCCCAGGAGUAUGGUUUUUCCGCAUACCACACAAGAAUGGUGAGAAUUAUCGCUGUGGUAACCCGCUAGCCAAAGACUAUAUCAGCAAGAUGGAGGAUGGUACACUGGUGUCUUCCUCAGGAGAUCACAGUGCUCACAAGACGCUCGUCAUUAACAAGAUGAUUUCCUCUUGGAGAAAUGCACAAAAAAGAGUCAGAUCACAGUUGGCUGUUUGGUUUGAUAGAACGGACUUACCCCCGGAAAUUACAAGAUCUGAAAAGUACAGUGCUGAUGAGAUGUACGGUGCCAUCUUGCCUCGAGUCAUCACAGCUGGGACAGUAACAAGGAGAGCCGUGGAACCAACUUGGAUGACGGCCACGAAUCCUAGGGAGGAUCGUGUUGGUUCUGAACUGAAGGCUAUGGUACGGGCUCCUCCAGGCUACUGUUUAGUAGGGGCUGAUGUAGACAGUCAGGAGCUCUGGAUUGCUGCCAUUUUAGGGGAUGCGCAUUUUGCUGGGAUUCAUGGCAGCACAGCGUUUGGGUGGAUGACCCUUCAGGGUAAGAAAUCAGAAGGUACUGACCUCCAUAGUAAGACCGCGGAGACUAUUGGUAUAAGUCGGGACCAUGCUAAGGUCUUUAACUAUGGUCGUAUUUAUGGAGCAGGACAGAAAUACGCAGAGAAGCUGCUUCUACAGUUCAACCAUCGUCUGACGGAGAGUGAAGCAAAGCAAAAAGCUGAGACGCUGUUUUCUAACACUAAGGGAGUAGCUAAGUUUCUUCUCACGGAUUUCGGGAAAGAUAUGGCGCAAAGAUUUGGCUUCGGCGAGGACGUUGAUGAAAAUGGUUGCGUUGUGGCCAAAGUUUAUUAUCAGCUGCUCAGGAAAACUGCACGAAGGCGACGUACAACUGAAAAUAGCAUUGACGAUGGCCGAAGAUGGUGUGGAGGAAGCGAGUCCGAGAUGUUUAAUAUGCUGGAAAGCAUUGCGCAAUCGGUGGAGCCCAGGACUCCUGUGCUGGACUGCAGGAUCAGCAAAUCACUGGAGCCUUCUGCUGUUGGCACAGAGUUCAUGACCAGUCGUGUUAACUGGGUUGUUCAAAGUUCAGCCGUAGACUAUCUACACCUUAUGCUAGUUUGCAUGAAGUGGCUCUUCACAAAGUACAAUAUUGAUGGGAGAUUUUGUAUCAGCAUACAUGACGAGGUUCGUUAUCUGGUGUCAAGCAAAGACAAGUACCGCGCAGCCCUGGCACUACAAAUUACAAAUCUACUGACCAGAGCGAUGUUCGCUCAUAAACUGGGAAUGAACGACUUACCACAGUCUGUGGCGUUCUUCAGUGCUGUUGAUAUUGACACUGUGCUGCGAAAGGAAGUUUCCCUUGACUGCAAAACUCCAUCCAACCCGCUUGGACUUCAUAAGGGGCAAGGAAUACCGCCAGGAGAAGCGUUGGACAUCUAUGACAUCCUGAAGCUCACUGAUAACGGCAUCCUUGAAGAAAAUACAGAAACAAAGAAGGGCAAAAACCCUCAGAAAGAAUCAAUUAUACAAUCCUCAAACUAAAGAGAGUUGUGUAAUCACGGAAAACUUUUUGAUGAUUUAAGGCAGUUGCACGAAGAAAGCUUCAUUAGAAAAAGUCACGAGAAGAGGUUAUUGUUUAUUGAAUUACACUAUUUGCCUGUCGAGCGGAACUCCUGAGCUGAACGAAGUACACCGCUUUCAAGCUCUGCGUCUCGUAAU